AUAGAUCUGAUGCAGCGCUGAAGUUGAACAUCAUUUAUAUAAGGCCCGAUUUAAAUGGUGACCCCAGACCGUAAAUGGACUGAUGUUAUAUUCUAGGAGCAAGAAGGAGGAGGUGGCUGUGUAACUGUUAGUUCGUUGGUGGUUAAGUUGGCUAGAGUUUAGAGGAAAUAAUCAAGUGAAGAUGGUCUACUACAUCACACUCUCUGUUGUUCUUGUAAUCUGCACCGGUUGCCAAGGAAAUGUUGGUAACAAUGAAGGUACAUUCUUGGGAGAUGCUGCCCACUUCUUGCCUCCUGGGAAUGUCUUUGAGAAGGAAGCAUCCAUGCAGAAUGUUUCUGAAGUUUGCCUGACAGAUUUGAUGAAGCUCUUUUCAGGAGAUCCCAAUUUGUUUCAAGUUGUGGAUUCAUUUGGAAAGCCGACGCCUGGUACUCUUGUUGGGAACACAGCAUGGAUUGGUCAUUAUGACGAGUGCAUGAAUAUCACCGAUUUUAGAUACUGCCUUGUUGAUAUGGGACUCAACAUCACAUUAAGUGCUAACCAUACUUUGACCCUACCAAUCAAUUGGGGAGUGUGUGCUCCUAUUACCUGCCAUGAAGAUGACAUACAGAAUGGGCUUGAAAUCUUCUUAGAUUUACUGAAUGUGAGCUGGAUUGGAUUAAAGGAUGUUGCUGGCUCAGCAGUCCAUUGUACAGAGAAACCCCAUGCUGCUUUUAAUGGCGGAUUUAUAGGAACAUGUGUUCUCGUUAGUAUCCUGUCCAUGCUCAGUAUUGUUGGCACAGUACUAGACAAACACAUCACCCGCAACCAAAGGCGGAGACCGUCCCUACCUCCGCUACCACAUGGCACAGCUAAUGGAUCUAGUGGAGAUCAGAGGCCAUCUCAGAGAUCAACUGAUGCCUCUAGUAUCUAUGCCACUGUUGAUAAGAGGAGGAGUAAAGACAAUGACCCAGACUCUGUCUAUGCUUGUGUAGAUGACCUCAGGUCAGAUAGGGAAAAAGGUGAAGAAUUUCAAGGUCAAUGGUCAAAUGAAAAGCUACAUCUGAGUUCCACUGAUGGGAGUUAUGGUUCUACAAGACAAAGGGAAGGGAUUCAUGAAAACAAAGUUGGGGAUAGAGAGGUUCAGAUUGCUCCAGGCACAGCAUCAGAAACAACAGCUUUGCUUGCUGGAUCUCAUUAUCAAGUGGUCAGUGUGAACAAAACCCCAAACAGAUUGUGGAAGCAGUUUCUUCUCUGUUUUUCCAUGUCUCGCAACCUUCCAAAGAUCCUUAGCUCAAAGCAGGCUGCAGGAGGCAUUCCUUGUUUGAAUGGUAUCCGAGUUAUUAGUAUUACUUGGAUCAUCUUGGGUCAUUCAUUCUCUAUGGUGAUGAAUGCCGGUUUAUCAGAAAAUGUUUUGGUUGCAUUUGGUAACUUCCUUCAGGAUUUCAGCUUCCAGGCUCUUAUUGCUGCUACAUAUGCAGUGGAUUCCUUCUUCUUGCUCAGUGGUUUUCUCUUGACAUACCAUGCAUUGAAGAAGAUGAAUGAAAAUGAUGGGAAACUGUCUUGGGGAUGGCUAUACUUACACAGGUAUAUACGUUUGACUCCAUGCCUGGCUGUGAUCAUCUUAAUCUGGAUGUACUUCAUACCCUACAUGAGUCAGGGACCCGUUUCCUUUCGUUUUGAUGAUAGAGUUAAACUUUGUCACGCUUGGUGGUGGACAGAUCUCCUCUACAUCAAUAACUUUGUUCCUCCUGGUCUGCGGCAGGAUUGUAUAGCAUGGAGCUGGUACCUUGCCAAUGACAUGCAGUUUUUCAUCAUAAGUCCUCUUCUAAUCCUCCCUAUGUUCUGGUAUGGUGUUAAAGGAAUGCUAGUAUUGAUUAUUACAUGUGUGGCCAGUUUCAUCACAACUGCGGUACUAGUUUACAAGAAUAACUUUGAGGUUGGAAUACUAGCCCAAGGAAUUGCAGAUACUGUAUUAGAAUCUCCUGGUACGGAAUAUAUGUUUGCUAAUGAUGUCAAUGGAAUCGUCUACAACAAACCGUAUUGUCGCAUCCCACCUUACCUUGUAGGCAUGGCUCUUGGUUAUGCCAUGUAUAAUAUUGGAAACAAGAAACUUAAAAUGUCUCCUGUAAUUGCAGCUGUAGGCUGGGCUGUUGCCAGUGCCGUAGCCAUGGCGGUGGUCUACGGUCUCUACGAUGCAAACAGAGGUGUUUCCACGCCAAGCCAGGCUGCUAACAUUAUGUCCCUUACGUUUUCUCGCUUCGCCUGGGCCCUAGCUGUCUCUUGGGUCAUAUUUGCUUGUCAUUAUGGAUACGGAGGAGUGGUCAAUGAUAUUUUAUCCUGGAACUUCUGGGUGCCGUUGAGUCGAUUGACCUAUUCAACCUACCUUAUACAUCCUGUUAUACAGAGCCUGUAUGGUUAUAGUUUAGCCGUUCCUAUUCAUUGGUCUGUGAUAUCAUUGACUUAUCUGUAUGCUGGCUCUAUUCUACUGGCCCAUUCUGUUGCCCUGGUCUUGUGCGUCUUGGUUGAAUUUCCAUUUGGUAACAUGGAGAAGAUGUUACACACCAUCGUCCAAUCAAGGCAUAGGCAACGGGAUGCAUGAACUUCAUUCAGAAAGUUAUUUAAUUGGUAAUUGUAAUUGAAAAAAAUGUAAGUUAAUUGAAAAUUAAUUGUAAUUGAACAUUUCUUCAAUUACGUAAUUGCAAUUGUAAUUGAAGAAAGUAAUUGAGCCCAACUCUGGUUAUAGCAUCUAUGGCAGUUUACCACAUAUGUGCCCUAUAUGUGGUUAUAUUAGGUUCCAUGGCGUUUGCUCCUGCAACAAUUGUUCCCAUUUACCGGGUAAAUUUCACACUUUAAACCAAUCAUACAUAAACCCUAACCUCAAACUCAACCCUAACCCUAAUCUUCAAACCAUUCUGAAUAACCCCACCCCCCAUCUCAACCUUAAGCUAUGUCUUCAUAGAUAUUUGCAGGGGAGCAAUUGUCACAGGAUUAAUUUUUUUUUAACUAUUACAUUAACCAUUAAUUAUCAUGUACAUGUAUUUGAAAUCUGAAAUAAAUGCGAGUCAUUGCCUACUUUUCUUACAGAAAUAUUUAAACUGAAAUUCAACCUAUAACAUGAAGGAUAUUUUGCAAUGUGUAAAAAUAUCUAUUUUAAUUUAAAUGCUCAGUUAAUACAUUAAAUUCCAAUUAUGCAAUUAAGUUGAAAUCAGUUUGGUCCAUGAAAUAUUGUGACGUUAAAAACAAAAUUUAUAGGUAUAGUUCAGUCUUCAUAAGUAAAACUUCCAAAGUUGUGUUAUGAAUAACAUGUUAUUUACAUAUUGUCAGACUUCUGAUUUGAACAGAUUUAUGUGGUUCCAAAUGAAUCAACCUUUACAAAUUAACCUGUGUAUUUUUUAUCAUCUUUAUCAAGCUUCUUUAAUUUUUUGUUGGGUAUGUUCGUUUUAUCAAUGUAUCAUAUAUUUGCAAUCUGAACUGAGAGUGAAUUGUUAUUGAAAUGAAAUUCAACCUUGCUUUCUUAUGCAGGGUCUAUUCUGUUCAUUUGUAAGUAUGCAAUCAAGUUGAAUGAACUUGGUUCAUGAAAAUUUUGUGAAGUGCUUAAGUUUUGCCAGUUUUGAUAUAGUUUUGUCUGUGUAAGUCGCACUUCAGUAUUUUUGUUGAAUAGUUGCCUGUAAAGUGAAGGCUGAUCAGACCAGAGUCUUGUAACAAAAGGAUGCUAUCAAUAUUACAAUCAAAGCGUAACUGUAAGUCUAUGGAAAAUGAAUUACAAAAAGGAACAAUUAAUAUUAAGCAUACCUAUACACCAUGCUUCCCAAGAUUUUGCAAAACAGUUAUUAUGUUGGUCUUGUUUUUAAUCAAAUUUCUCCUAAAGGGAGUUUCAGACCAUGCAUAAAUGCACAUAUUAGCUGUGUCUAUGCUGGUUGAAAUAGGUUGACACCAGGGGACACUGAAAAAUAAAUUAAACAGUCCUCUUGAUCUCCAUUUCUACGCAAGUCUACUAUAAUGCAUUCAUUCAUAUUGUGCCUAUGCCAUCCAUCCUGCAUUAGCUAUUGGAGAAUUCAAGAAUUCAUCUCAUUUUUGCAAUACCCUUUUUGGGCAUUGUCGAUUGUGCAUGGGGUGACACCCCCACCCCCCCCCCCCCACAUGAGUAUGCAGCCUAUUUUGGUAUAUAUUUGGCGCGAGUGGCUUCAAAGACCUCAAACAAAAGAAAAGUUAAAGUGACAUAUUAAUCAGUACAUUAUAACGCAACAAUUGAAUUUAUUCAUGUUUAGUUGUAUUUGCUUAUUCAGAUUAUAGUUUAGAUUGUAUUAUAAUACUUGCCUAUGUGUCAAAGACAGCAUAGUGCAACCCAAUCACAGUUGUAUUUUCAAGUAUGUUUUGUUUUUGAGGUCGUAUGAUAUAUAAAUGAAAUUUGACCCUUUUAUUGUUGAACUUUAUUCACAAAAACUUUUCUGAAAUUGCCAAAAUAUAUACCAUGCAUAUAAAAUACUUUGCCUUAUUGGACUUUUGUGUGUAAAGUUUAGAAAUACUGUAGAAGUCUGCUAUCAUCCUUGAACUUGAAUUUUGCUUUUUAAUCUAAAAUAUAAGUUAUAUAUUUCAUAUCACAUGUAUGUACAUAUUUCUUAAUUGAUGAUUCCAUUCAAUUUCUUAAUGGGAAUUUUAUUCACAUUUAUGAACACAUAGUAUGUCCUCUAUAUUCACCUUUAUAUUAAUAGGGUCACAUCUGUGAGAUAUCAAUGAGACCUAAAUGUCUUCUGGUUUAUACUGGAAAUUUACAUUGGUUUUUUUUUAAUGUGAAAUGAGAAUGUAAAUGCAUGUAGUAGUAUAGAGGAAUAAUGUUACAUUUGCCAAACAUUUAUGUUAUAUAAAUAUGAAUCAAUAGAUUGAAAUGAAUAAAAAAUAUAAGUUAAUCCACUGCCUUCAUAAUUCUUGUUGCACAUUUAAUACAAGUGACUGAAAUAUAUAUGGCAAGCCAGAUUGGUUUCCCCAGUCCUUUUUAAUGACAUUAGCUUAAGAUGAGGUGUUGAGUAACAUUUAAACCAACAAAUAUAUUCAAAUAUUACUGUGUCACAGUAAGAUCUUUUUUACAAUUUACAUAAUGAUAUGAUUAAGACUUUAAAAAUGUGAGGUAAAGAUUUUUGGCACUUCUUGUUCCAAUUUGUUUUAACAACAAGUGCAUCACAAAGAUUUUAGUGUAACUGUAAAAUUAUAUUUAAAUUUCCUGUUGCAUAUGGGAUGUAAUGCAUCACCAAAAAAUAAUCAUGCACAUUACAGGUAAUGCUUGUUACCAUGCAUCUAUCAAUGAGAUUAGGAGCAAAAUAAUAUGUGCAUGUCUGUGCCGAUGCAUGACUAAGUCAUACUUAAAUUCUUUGUGAAAUAGCACCCCCUAAAAUCAAAUUGUUUUGAAAGCAAUAUUUGUUACCUGGUUUCACGGUGAAUUUUGUACCUAUCUAACUAGUUUCACGACCUAUAGAUGUUAUAAAAUGUUCCUAACAUUCCUUUAAGGUGGUGAAAUAAAAGGAGAAGGGGGAGGGAGAGAAUUGAGGAAUGGAGGCAUAAAGUUGGAAUGGGUAAGAAGAACACAAAUGAACUGGAUGGUCUACCCCUCCUGUGUUGAAGUUCCCAAUUGACAUACUCUACAUCAGUCAUAAACACCUGCUUUUUCCUCUAGUUAUACGUAAAGACUUAGUUAUUUGAAAAUUACAAGAACGCUAAAAAAUUACAGCCCAAGUUCAUGAAUCAGAUUGGUUUAUAUCAUCAGGGGUGCUGUCACAAGGGGGGGGGGGGGGGAGCAGUCAUCCCCCAUGAUUUUUUGUUUUGAGUAGCCAAAGUGGGAAAAUUAAAAGAAAUACGAGGGAGGAUUAAAGAAGACAAGAAAAUUAUGAAAAAAUAGGGGUCUGAAGCUGUAGCCCUACAAGAGUUCUAUAAUUCAACUGAGAAAAAAAUAUGGCAUCACCAAUAGGCAAUCUUGCCCCCCCCAUCAAAAUAUCUUGGUGCUACCCCUAUAUGUGGUGGUUAUGUUUAGCUUUCUUGUGCCUUGCCUUUCAUAAGUUGUAUUUGAUUUUCAGAUAUAUCUUUCAUAGUUCAUCCUCUGAGCAGAUUUUGUGCAAUCAGAAACUUAUUUAAAUAAAUGUCACACAAAACUUAUUAUCAAUAUCAAGAAUUUCAAUUUGCAUUUGCCAUAAUGCUGUAUUUUUAUGCAUUUGUUUCAUGAUUGCAAAGUAGAAACCCAACCCAAUAUAGAAUUACUAGCAAUAUCUUAAUGAUGCUAGGGUCAUGCAUUCUAGCUAUAUACUUGAUAUAAAUUCAUCCUUGGUAUUGAAAUGGUCUAUAUGAAAAAGGAGAAGAAAAUCAGAAUGGACACAGUUUGAAAGAAAUCACAUAAGGAAUAUUAUUGCAAACCAAUAUAUACACAACAAAAAAGUAAGUCCCCCCUAGAUCAAAUUGCUGUUACUUUUGAACCGAGUUAUUUUGAGAUAUGAUAUUUCGUAGGUGGUUUUCUACACUCAUUAAACAUCUCCCGGGGAAAAAUGAGAUUGAUCGGUUGAGUCAUGCAUGAGUAAUUAAAGAUUGAAUUAAAAAUGA